AUGUCAUUUUUGAAUAAGGUUCCUCCAAUUGUUUAUGUUUCGUCUUGGUCGGCUUCUGCUGGUGGAGGCCUUGCUAGUGACUACUGGAAACCAAAGAUGGAUAGGAGUUGGAUUCGGCUAAAAGAUAGAACUUCCGACGAAUAUGUAAAAGGUAUCCAGUCUUUUAUGGCAGUAGCAAAGAAUUACACUGAUGCCGAGCAGAAAACACUAUGUCCAUGUCGCAGUUGUCAGAAUAAAAACCCGAAACGUAAGUUAGAUUUGAUUGAACGACACUUGAGGUCUAACGGGUUUUCCCCGAGUUAUCAAGUGUGGGUGCAUCAUGGUGAAAAGCUAAACCUUAAUGAUUUCUUACCACAUUCAAAUAGGCAAGAUGAAGCUACCUCUAGUAUGCAGCACAAUGAAGAGCCUGAACCGGAUGAAAUGUUUGAGAUGAUAGAUAGCUUAAGUUUACCAAUACCUAUUGAUAAUGGAUCUUCAGGAGAGCCCAUGGAAAGAGCUGAUGAGCAUAGUAAAAGAGAUGACUGCCCUGUUUGCAGCGAGCCUAGAUAUAUCUUUCAUCAGGGUAAGGGUAAAAAAGUUGCACAGAAGGUUUUGCGUUACUUUCCCUUGAAGCCUAGAUUACAAAGAUUAUUUAUGUCAAAACACACGGCAUCUGCAAUGCGAUGGCACAAGGAUAGGCACAAGGAUAAGCGCGUCGAAACAGAAGACAUGCUAAGACAUCCAACGGACGCUAAAGGGUGGAAAGAUUUUGAUGGCAAGUAUGAACAGUUUGCAAGGGAUCCGCGUAAUGUUAGGCUUGGACUCGCUACUGAUGGUUUUAAUCCAUUUGUAAAUAUGAGCAACUCCUACAGCAUGUGGCCGGUUAUACUUAUUCCGGACCAAGGCCCCCGGAAAAGAUAUCGAUUUGUAUUUCGGCCUUUAAUAGAUGAAUUGAAGGAGUUAUGGGAAGUUGGAGCAGAUACUUUCGAUGCCUCUACAGGGAAGAGUUUCCAAAUGCAUGCCGCAGUCAUUUUAACUAUAAACGACUUUCCAGCGUUUGGGAAUUUAUCUAGUUGGAGUACCAAAGGGUACAAGGCAUGUCCAGUAUGUAAUUAUGAAUCAUCAUCUCAACGUUUGAGGAGUAAAAUAGGUUACUUGGGUCAUCGUCGCUUCUUGCCUCGUGGUCACUCGUGGAGAAGGAGCAAGCAGUUUAAUGGUAAGAGUGAUCUUCGACCUCCACCUAAAGAAUUGAAUGGAUAUGAUAUUGUAAACCAGUUAGAGGAAUUCAAACAUGUUGAGCUAGGAAAAAACCCAAAUCGUAAAAGUAAGAAAAGAAAGCGUAGUAUCAGUGACGAGCUAAAUUGGGUAAAAAAGAGUAUCUUCUUUGAGUUUCCAUAUUGGGAAUUUCUUAGAAUAAGACAUAAGCUUGAUGUUAUGCAUAUUGAGAAAAAUAUAUGUGAUAACAUUAUGGGAACAUUGCUAAACCUUGAUAAGAAAACAAAAGACACAGAAAAAGCCCGGUUAGAUCUCGCAGAUAUGAAUAUUAGGUCAGAGCUUCAUCUAAAAGUUUUAGGGGAUAAGUGUAUCAAGCCUCGUGCUUCUUAUGCUUUGACACCAGAACAAAGAAGAGAGUUUUGUAAGUUUUUAAAGUCAGUAAAGUUUCCGGAUGGGAUCUUCCCACCGGCAUUUUUUGAUGUUAUGGUUCACUUGGCUGUGCAUUUGACGCAUGAAGCCAAAAUAGCUGGUCCUGUGAACUAUAAUUGGAUGUACCCAAUUGAAAGGUUUCUAGGAUCACUUAAGAGGUUUGUGAAAAAUAAAGCUCGUCCAGAAGGUUCUAUAGCAGAAGGAUACAUUGUGAAGGAAUCUUUAACUUACUGUUCAUUGUAUCUCCGUGGUAUUGAAACUAAAUUUAACCGUGAAGAACGGAAGAACGAUACCUCAUGUGAUGGCCAUGGUAAAAAAGGGACGUCGUUGCCUGUCUUUUCUCAAAGUGCUUGUCCAAUUAGUGGUACAAUUUACAAACAGUUAUCGAAAAAAGAGAUAGAAAUGGGUCAUUGCAAGCAUAUGAAUGAAUUAAAAGCACAGUCUAAUGUCAAUUUACAUCAACGGCAAAUACAAGAAUUACCAAAAUGGUUUAAACGACAUGUUUUGGCUUUGCGAGACAAAGGAUCAACUGAUACAACCGAUGAAUUAUACUUUAUAGCAUGUGGCCCGGAUUCUCGUGUGAAAUCAUAUUCAGGUUGUAUUGUGAAUGGGGUUCGGUUUUUCACCAAAUCUCGUGAUGACAUCCGUACGACCCAAAAUAGUGGACUGGUUGUAGAAGGGGAACAUGAAGGCAAACAGGUAGAUUUUUAUGGAAUUUUAUCCGACAUCUUAGAGCUGAAGUAUGUAUAUCCAUAUAGGGUGAUGCUAUUUAAGUGUGAAUGGUUCGAUCUAGAUCCAAAGAAGAAAAGAGUUAAAAAGGAUUACAACUUGACUUGUAUAGAUGUGAGCGGCAGGUGGUAUAAGGAUGAUCCAUUUGUGCUUGCUGACGGCCGACAAGCCCAACAAGUAUUUUACCUGGAUGAUUAUAAAUUUGGAUCGAAUUGGAAAGUAGCAGAAAGGAUGCAACAUAGGCAUUUGUGGGAUGUUCCAGAACUAGAAGAGGUGGAAGAGAUAGAAGAAACAGAAACAUACAAAACCACUGAAGAAGCAUAUCAAAAUAACGAGGUUUCAACCCUUUUAGAAACUGUUGAAGAAGAAGAUCUUGAUGCACGAGAAUUUAGUAGACAUGAUGCAGAAGCAGAGGUAGUAGACACACCUAUUGAUCUCAAUGAUAAUUUUAUUUAUGAUGUAGAAAGUGAUGAAGAAGAUGAAACUGCAGUCGAGUACAUUGACAGUGAUGUAGAAGUUAUCCUGAGUGAUGAUGAGAUGUAG